AUGUUAGCAGUUUAUUUACUGAUAUCUUCGUUUAUUAUUAAACCUGGAUUUCCACUUGAUUUUCGAUCUAAACUUACGCCACAGUCAGGUCAACAAGCUGCUGCCACUAAUGAGAUGCCAGUUCAAGAAAAUAUUGUUAAUUUCAAUCCAUACGCUCAACUUGAGGUGAAUACCGAACCUGAAUAUCAAAAUGCUGGACAACAUAUUUUAGUAAAUUCAGCAGUUACAUAUUCUCCAUUAACUGAUGCUCAAAAGUUGGCUAAAUUAGCAUCGUCAGUAAUUGGUGCCAGACAAAAAGUUGAAAAUUGGAGUAAUGUAACAUUUCCAACAUUUCCACCAGCACUUACCACAGCAUCAAAGUCAACAGCUCAAUUGACGACAUUACCGGUAACCACAGUUCAGCCGGUGAUGAUUACACGACAAACUUCAACAGCUAUAAAUUUGCUCAAAACUGAUUAUUAUUUGGCAAAUACAAAUACAGCAUUAAAAUUUUCACCAUUUAUGAGCCGAAAAUCUGCUUCAAAUCUAUUUUCACCUAGUCAUCGUCUUAUCAAUGAUAUUCUUGUUAUUCCAUCUGUUCGACGAUUCUAUGUGUUAGUCAUUAUGCCAAUACAUGAAUCUGCUAACUAUCAGGUAUAA